UCUUCCCACGAUUAUUCUCUCAUCUCCAGACCUCAAAGAAGAUUGUCUUUUUAUGAUUGAUUCGGGAUCUGGAGUAAAUCUCAUAAAAAGUAAAUGUCUCAAUCCAGACAUUAAAGCAUGUAAGGAAGAUAUCCUGGCCCUUCAAGGACUAUCUACGGAAACAACGCCUACUCUGGGUUCUGUUAAGAAUUUUCUCGUGAAAUGUGGCUAUUGUAAACAAACCUGUUUAAAUAAAGAAGCUGCCCAACAUUUAUGUAUUCGAGAAUUUGACGAAUUUUUUGUUGAUCCAGAUACAUAUAAAUUUUGGGCAUACGAUGGUAAUGAAAUUGUUUCUGAAUUAUCUGACGAGCAUUUUGCUCGAUUAGAAAAUAUUGCUAAUAAGGAAAAUGCCAGUAUUAAUAUCAACCAAAGUAUCUCCAAUAAAAAAGUAAAAACAUCCAAAAAAACCAAGGCUCCUCUUAAUGUUGUUCAAUUAAAACUUGACCAAGAAGAGCAAUGAUUUUUGAAGUUAUGAACAGAAUACCUCUGUGGGAUUUUACAAUCCCAUUAGAAGAAAGGAGCAAAAUCAUAAAAAACAAACUA